CGGCGGCCCGAGGGCGCCCGUGUGCCCAGUGCGCGGCGGGGACGGCCGCGAGCUCGCUGGAGGUGAGCGACCGGCGCUCCCGCCGCUGUGGGCUCCCCAGAAUAAUCCAGAAGUCGACUCCAUCAUGGCAGAACUCAAGGUGGAGGCGCCGGCCAGCGUAGACUGGCAGAAACGCUGCCUGACCCUGGAAACUCAGCUUUUCCGGUUCCGCCUACAGGCCAGCAAGAUAAGGGAGCUGCUGGCUGACAAGAUGCAGGAGCUGGAGCAGAGGCUGCUGGAGGCAGAGCAGAGAGCAGAGAACGCCGAGACCCAGGUGGGUGUCAUGGAAGAGAAGGUAAAACUAUCCAAUCUGAAGAAUGUGGACUCUGAGGGGAGCCUGCACCGGAAAUACCAAGAAUUGCUGAAAGCCAUAAAGGGCAAAGAUGAGCUCAUCAGCCAGCUAGAGGCUCAGCUGGAGAAGCAGAAGCAGAUGAGGGCAGAGGAAGCAAAAACUGUUCAAGAAAAAGCUGCAAAGAUCAAGGAAUGGGUGACACUCAAGUUGGCAGAGCUUGAGAUGGAGAAUCAGCAUCUGAAAAGCCAUAAUCAGCGCCUGGUGGAGCAGGUGGGAUCCCUUCAAGAUGCGCUAGAAGCUAUUCAGAUAGCUCCUUCACGGAAGCUGCUGGUGCCCCCCCACGGAGCUGCAGAGCAGGAUUCUGUCCCUUCAGAGCCGGGAAUCCAGCCUAUGGGCCAGGACAGUGGCUCCCAGGCCCAGGGUCUGAAGGCAGCUGUGCUUGCACCUUCCCCAGGUGCCCUGCAGAGCAAGGACUCUGUUUCUGAAGCAGCAAGCCCCUUGGAGGAUUCUAGUUCCAGCACGGUCCAUUCUGGGGAAACGGUAGAGGCCAAGCCCCUUCAACCUCAUCUGGGAAGAGAGAGCCCUCCCCACCAGCCAUGCAUGAAGCUUCUUACCUUCAGAUGUAGUUCAGCUUCCUGGGGUGAGGGUCUGGUUACUGCUCAGAGAGGGAUGCUCCCUGGGACAAAGACCUCUGCCAGGGAAGGUGGUCCUGGCAGCAGUCUGACCCUACCAAAGGUGCGGGCUCCUGGCACCCCGCGGGACAGCAUCCAGUUGGCCAAAAGGCACCACAGCCAGCCCCAGGUGGGCCAUGGGCACUUUGGCCGUGUGGUGAACAUUGAGACUGAGGCCUUCUCAGCCCUCCACCCCUCUGGCCUUCCUGAGCUGGAGUCCCGAGCUAGGUACCGGGAGGAACCAGAGAAGAUGGAGAUGGAGGAGCCACCCCCAGCAGGGAAGAAUGAGGAAAGAGAGAGCCCGAAGGCCCUUGGAGCUGAGCUGGAGGAAGUGGAGCUGGGUAACAAGCCACCUACACCCCCGCUGCACCAGUUUUCAUCCUGGGAGAGCCGGAUCUAUGCUGUGGCCACAUCGGGCAUGCGGCUCUCAGAUGUGUCUCCCAGAAGUAAUACUGCAUGCUGCGCUUCAAGCCCUCCUGCCCUUGUUUCCCCUGGGUCUUUCUCUGGCCUGGUCUACAAGAAUGUCACUGUGCCUGUCUACACAGCACUGAAGGGGAGAGCCACACAGAUCAGCAACAUGCCCUUUAUGGACGAGUCCUCUGGGUCUGACGAUGACUGCAGCUCUCAGGCGAGUUUCCGAAUCUCGGUCCCCUCCUCUGAGUCCAGGAAGACCAGCGGACUAGGCAGCCCCCGGGCCAUCAAGAGAGGCGUCUCCAUGUCCUCACUGAGCUCCGAGGGUGACUACGCCAUCCCCCCGGACGCCUGCUCACUGGACAGUGACUACUCAGAGCCAGAGCACAAACUGCAGCGCACCUCAUCCUACUCCACCGACGGGCUGGGCCUGGGCGGGGAGUCACUGGAGAAGUCGGGCUACCUGCUGAAAAUGGGGAGCCAGGUGAAGACGUGGAAGAGGCGCUGGUUUGUCCUGAGACAGGGACAGAUUAUGUACUACAAGUCCCCGAGUGAUGUCAUCCGGAAACCUCAAGGCCAAGUGGAUCUGAACUCCCGCUGCCAAAUUGUUCGAGGGGAGGGUUCACAGACGUUUCAGCUCAUCUCUGAGAAGAAAACCUACUACCUGACGGCCGAUUCACCCAGCCUGCUGGAGGAGUGGAUCCGAGUACUCCAGAGCCUGCUGAAGGUGCAGGCCACCGGGCCUCCAGCUCUGCUUCGGGGUGGCACCAAGCCCACCGUGAAGGGCUGGCUGACCAAGGUAAAGCAUGGCCACUCCAAGGUGGUCUGGUGCGCUCUUGUUGGGAAAACCUUCUACUACUAUCGGAGCCAUGAGGACAAGCUUCACGGAGCCUAUGUAUUCAGAGAGAGGAGACUCCCUCGUCCCCCACUGGCUCUCCCAUUCAUGGAAGACUGCUGUCCACAGCGACCCCUGGGCUGCCUGCCUGUGCGGGAUGCGCGCAUAGAGGAAGUAGAUCGAUCCUGUGACUCAGACGAGGACUAUGAGGCUGGAGGAACCAGACGGUUGCUUUCCUCCCACUGCACCCUGGUGAUCCACCCCACAGAGCACAGCCCCACCUACCUCCUCAUUGGCACCAAGCAUGAAAAGGAUACGUGGCUCUACCACCUCACAGUGGCUGCAGGUGGCAGCAGUGCCAAGGUGGGCACUGCCUAUGAGCAGCUCAUUGGAAAACUGAUGGAUGGUGAAGGAGAUCCAGAUUCACCGCUCUGGAGGCACCCCAUGCUGUGCUACAGCAAAGAUGGCCUAUACGCCUCCCUCACCACCCUGCCCUCUGAGGCCUUGCAGACGGAGGCCCUCAAGCUCUUCAAGUCCUGCCAGCUCUUCAUCAACGUGCCGGUGGAAGCUGCCUCAGUGGACUACCAUGUGUCCCUGGCCCAGACCGCACUGCAGGUCUGCCUGGUUCACCCCGAGCUGCAGAGUGAGAUCUACUGCCAACUCAUGAAGCAGACCAGCUGCCGCCCACCUCAGAAGUACUCCCUCAUGCAGUGCUGGCAGCUCCUCGCUCUGUGUGCUCCACUUUUCCUGCCUCAGCAUCACUUCCUCUGGUAUGUCAAGCAGCAGCUCCAACGCCAUGCAGAUCCCAGAAGUGAAACUGGCCAGUAUGCCACCUACUGCCAGCGGGCAGUGGAGCGGACCCUGCGGACCGGGGAGCGGGAAGCCAGGCCGUCGCGCAUGGAAGUGGUGUCCAUCCUGCUGCGUAACCCCUUCCACCACUCCUUGCCCUUCAGCAUCCCCGUGCACUUUACCAACGGGACUUACCAGGUGGUUGGUUUUGACGGCUCUUCCACGGUUGAUGAGUUCCUCCAGCGGCUGAACCAGGAGAUAGGCAUGAGAAAGCCAUCCCACUCUGGCUUUGCCCUCUUCACGGACGAUCCCUCGGGCAGGGACCUGGAGCACUGCCUGCAGGGAAGUGUCAAGAUCUGUGAUGCCAUCUCCAAGUGGGAACAAGCCAUGAAGGAGCUGCACCCCGGAAAGUCUGAGGGUGGGACACGCGUCGCGAAGCUGAUGUACAAGAACAGGCUGUACUUUCGCAGUCAAGUCAAAGGGGAGACGGACCGAGAACGGCUGCUCCUUGCCUCUCAAACUAGUAGAGAGAUAGUGGCAGGGAGGUUUCCUGUCAACAAGGAAUUGGCUCUUGAGAUGGCUGUCCUGAUGGCCCAGGUAGAAUAUGGGGACUUGGAGAAGCCUGCCCUGCCAGGCCCUGGAGGCACAUCCCCUGCCAAGGCUCAGCAUCUUCUCCAGCAGGUCCUAGACAGGUUCUACCCCAGGCGCUAUAGACAUGGGGCCCCCCCUGAACAGCUGAGGCACCUGGCAGAUAUGUUGACCACAAAAUGGGCAACAUUGCAAGGAUGCUCCCCUCCUGAGUGCAUCCGCAUCUACCUGACCGUGGCCAGGAAAUGGCCUUUCUUUGGUGCUAAACUUUUUGCUGCUCAGCCUGCCCAGCUGUCUUCCAAGGAGAACGCUCUGGUGUGGAUUGCUGUGAAUGAGGAUGGCGUCAGCAUCCUGGACCACACCACUAUGCAAGUGCACAUCACUUACCCCUACUCUUCAGUGACAACCUUUGGUGGCUGCAGGGAUGACUUCAUGCUUGUGAUUAGAUCUAUCCCAGACAAGAGCUCUGGAAAAAGCCACAUUGAGAAGUUGAUCUUCCGGAUGGCUGCUCCCAAGAUUGCAGAAGCUACCUUCAUCAUGGCCAGCUAUAUGAACCAUUGCACUACAACUGUGAACCCCCCCACCAACCCACCCGGAGCCUGCCAGCUGUGGGAACUGGAUGGACGACAGUUCUUUUCUUCUGUUUCCUGUGCUACCAAGGGGCCAACGUUGCUGUGAAUAUUUCUCCUACCCGAUUCCCCACCACCACUAGUGCCUCUGGAUUUAGAGAUAUAUAUCCUAGGGUAUGAUACUACUGUGACGGGUCUAACAGCCCCCGCCUACUCUUGUUCUGUGAAAUGUGUAUUUUAGUAUCUGUGAAGCCUUUACUCUCUAGGUGCCUUAUAAUGUUUCAGGGCUCAACUUUUUAAAAUCCAGACCCAGUGUUAAAACCAUUUAUUCCUUUUUUCAUAAGAAUAAUGACUCCAGAUGCUACCUGAUUCUAGACAUAGACAGGGAUGAUCCACUGUUACUGAGGGCAUCAGUGCUAUAAGUUAAGGCUUUCUGCACUGGUACUCUCAAGGAAGCUAAUUUUCUUUCUGGGGGGGCGGGGGACACUGUCACUAUGUCACCCAGGCUGGAGUCCACAGGGUUCAAGCAAUUCUCCUGCCUCAGCCUUUGGAGUAGCUGGGAUUACAGGUGUGCGCCACCAUGCCCGGCUAAUUUUUGUAUUUUUAGUAGAGAUGGGGUUUCACCGUGUUGGCCAGGCUGGUCUCGAACUCCUGACCUCAGGUGAUCUGCCCACUUUGGCCUCCCAAAGUGCUGGGAUUACAGGCAUGAGCCAUCGCCCAGCCCAGACGCUAAUUUUUUAAUAUUGUAUAUGGUCUUAUUUAUACUUGAAGUUUUGUGAACGUCGCUAAACAGGAUAGGACUAAAAUUUCCAAUUCUCCUACACUCUGUCAGAAGCCUAGAACUCACUAAACUGGGCUGCCUUUCCCAAAUGGGAAAGGUGCUGACAGAGUUGGAGAAAGAAGAAUAGACUCAUUCUUCCCCAUUAUUGGUAUGUAGGCAUUGGUACAGCCCCUUCUGGGGCAGUCUUUGCAGGAUAACAUGCUAUCCCUGCUAAGAUUCAAGCUGUUUUCCUCACACUGGACUUUAGGCCAAACCCAGUACCACGCAAUGUGCAAGCAAGGGCAGGAGGUAGGUCCAAUCUGACCCCUCCCUGUCUCAUUUUAAUGACUGGACAGCGCUUGGUGAAGGCUGUGUUCACUGUAGUGGGCCAUCAUUUGUUUCCUUGUUCUUGUAAAAGACCAAGCAAAUGCACUCUGCUUUUUGCUGCUGUAAGACCACCAAAAAUGAGUCAGAAAUACAGAAGACUAUUUCAGGCAUGUGGGCCUGGAUAUGCUCCUUGAGACUUCUGGCAAACUUCUGCUGGGAAUUAGUUUGAGGGUGAGGGUACAUAUGUGACAUUUGCCCUAGCCUAAGAGUAGCAGGUAAAAAAAAGUUUCUUUCAUCUUUUGCCUUACUGAUAAUACCAUAAUCCCCCUCAAUUCAGACCUUCUGAUUGAGUGCAGAGGAGACUAGACAGUCUCCUCUAGACAGGGUGUAGACACACCCUCCCCUAACAAAAACAAAAUGAAAGAGUUCAUACUCUGAUUUUCCAACAUCUAGGAAACUGAGUUUUAUUUCCUAGCUCUAAGGCAGCCUUACUAUGUGUCAGUAAAGUGCUGAAAACUGUAUAUUUAGCAGUAGCACCCAAAACCAAGCCUUUAACCCCAACAAUGUGUGUAUCUUUUGCACAGCAAAAACUGCGAGGCCAGAACUAGUUUAUCUGAACACCUCAGCUGCUGUAAGCUUCUCCUCUCUCACCCCGUAAACUGACAAGCAUGAUGAAAAAAGAAGCACAUCCAAGUUUCUGCCUCUUUUAAAUGUACUUGACUUUGCAAGGCAAGUAGUUUUACAGCCAUUUCUGUUCACACCUUUCACCCCAGGACUUGGGAAUCUAGCUGAGACAUUUCUACCUCGAACAAGUCACAUGUACCACAGGUUCCUGAAUAAUUCCUGCAGGGCUGGUGACAGACAUAACAGCUCUGGUUGUAUAAUAUCUUGGGUAUCUCUAAGGCCAAUAAGGAUAACAUUAUCUACCCAGAGAGUUUAAAAGAAAAGUAGGAGUCCGAAGGAAGAGUAAACAAGAAUGGAGCUGUGUUCACACUGAAUUUGGGGUCAAUCUAUUUCCCCCACCCUCUCUCCUCCCCAACCCUUCAGGAACCCUUUAGUUUAUUAAUCUUAUACAGAAGAAACUGCCUUAGAAACAAAGGAUUCAAUAAUUUGCUUAUUUAUUCUUUGUUAACAUGAGAGUCCCAUGUCUGAAAACCAAAGUCCAAUUUCUGUCUGGCCUUUUGUCUCAUCCUUCUUGGCAAAAGUAGCUUUUGAACUGAUAUAAAAAAAAAAAAAUGCUGAGUAACAGAAAAGUAUUAAUGUGCUUGACACCAUGACUGAAAUACUAUGAUCUUGUUUGUCAAUAAAAAGCAGCUAUCUGUGAACCAGGUAACUGUGUGUUUUGGAAGAUCUGUUUAUUAACAGUAAAUAAAUAAGCCCUGUACAGAACACAGGCACUAGGUUGACAGA